AUGAUUCGAUUUGUCAAAUGGUAUAUCUCUUCAUUGAAUGCUUCGUAUUCCAGUCGUGUUCCUAAAGGCGAGUGGGAGAAGAAACCAUACAAUCCUGUGCUUGGUGAACAAUACUUUAUGACUUGGGGGGAUGUGGACGGAUGCGGCGAAACCAAGGUCAUCUGCGAACAAGUGUCGCAUCAUCCCCCGGUCACCGGAUUCUACAUCGAGAAUGAAAAAGCAGGCAUUUCCCUAAAUGGUCACACGGGACAAAAGACUCGCUUCUCCGGUACUUCCCUGAUUUGUGAUCAAGUCGGUCACAGCGUCGUCAAACUCCACUCGCGCGAUGAAACCUACAUGUUCACCAGUCCCUCCUUGACCGUCAACGGUAUCUGGUACGCAGCUCCGUAUGUCGAAUUGACUGGCCAUUCGUAUAUCCAGUCGACGAGCGGUUUCUAUGCGACAAUUGAGUACAGCUCGCGCGGAUGGAUUUCCGGUGAACGCAAUCACUUCAAGUGCUACAUUCGGAAAAACGCGGGUAAUUCCAAGGAGUACAUGCACAAGAUUGAAGGUCAAUGGAGUGCCAAAUCGACCAUCACUGCUUACGGCACCAAGGCUUCCAAACCGUUUUUGGAUGUCACUCAACUCAAGCCGGCUGAAAUGCACGUCAAGAGCUUGGAAGAACAAGGAGAAAUGGAAAGUCGUCGUAUAUGGCAAAAGGUUUCGGAGGCGAUCCGGGCCAACGAUACCCAAACCGCGGGCGUCGAGAAGAGCAAGAUCGAGAACCAAAAGCGAGCUGAAAAGGCUGAGCGUGAUCAAAAUGGCACCCAAUGGGAGCCCACGUAUUUCCACUGGGUCGAAUCGGAGCCCACCAUCGCUGCGCUUCAACGUAUGUUAUCCUCCACCAAGUCGAAAUUCGAAGCUUCUUCAUCAGGCAACUGGGUUUACAAGAAAUAA